AUGAAAAAUUCGGAUACGGUGGAUGGGGUUGAUGGAACGCCGCUGGUCUUUCCAGACAUCCUCAAGGAUAAAGCCACCAUCUUACAAGCUGUUCGGGUAUUUUUUGAUUUGUAUGGGAAAAUUCCUUUUUUCUUCUUUAGACGCCACGAAUUUUAUAAGGACCUGGAAAACGGCAAGAUUGAGCAACCCGUUUCGAUGGCUAUAGUGACGGUCGUGGCCAGAUUCAUGCCUACUUUGUUUUCGAAGCACGAGGGGAACAUUGAAGCGAGCGAAUAUUAUGCUCAGAUUACCGAAAAGAUUCUCCUGUUUUCAAACACUCCCACGCUUUCAAAUAUUCAGGCUAGGCUGAUAUUCUGCUUCCAUCUGAUGGGACAUGGAAGAGAAUACAGCAGUUGGCUACAUCUGGGAACUGCUAUCCGAAUGGCUCAGAUUUUGCGACUUCAGAGUAUUGACGGCGAUGAGCAGGUGGUUAGUGGGUUGGGAUGGGGUGUUCUCAACUCCAGACAAAGCAAUAGUGUCAUUGAUGACCAUUCUAUAGACCUGGAAACGAAGAGAAGGACAUUCUGGUGUUGUUUUCUCCUGGACAGAAUACUCAGUAACGGCAGAGACCGGCCGGUUUCGAUUCCUGUCGAGUCUAUUCAUACAAACUUUCCGUGUUCUGAAACGGAAUUCCUAUAUCCCACGGGGAACCAUAUCAGUCGAAACUUCUCCUUCAAGACCAAGUCUGCCGGAUCGCUACUGGGACAACUCAUGCUGGUCAUUGAGAUAUUCGGAAGAAUAUUAGCUUGGCAGGGUCUUGGGGGUCGCAUGUUGGACAGAGUCGUUCCAUGGGAUCCUUCUAUGCCUGUUUCUGCAAUGGAUUCAGAUUUGGAGGAAUGGCACAAUAACCUGCCCUUCCACUACAAGUUUACCAAGGAAAAUUUGUUCUCGCAAGCCCAGCUGUCAGAAAGUCGACUGUGGGUGGUUACCAUGAUGUUUUAUUUCCAGGCAAAGUGUUAUUUGCAUCGUGAGUACUAUCCUUUCCUUCCUCCGCCUGGGUUUGAUCCUGCUAAUGGACCAGUGGAUGGCCCUGAGUUGGUUGUCCUAGAUACCUCUGAUGAUGUUCCGCUGAAGGCGAGAGAGUUCUGGAAAUAUUCAUCUGUUGCAGCUCUUGAGUCUGCCCACAAUAUAUCUGCUCUAUUUCAGUAUCUUGUGGUUAAUGACGAUCAACCCUACUGUCUCCCUUUCCUCGGCAUCUGCUUGCAGACGGCAGACACAAUUCAUUCCAUGUAUUCGCAUUUCACAUGGCCUGUAUGUGACGGAGAUCAUGACAAAGAAAAAAAACUUCUCAUGCGCGAUGUUGUAUCUAUGGUUAAAUUUGAGCAGUUCUGGCCAUUGGCUGCGUUGUGGCUGAGAGCCAUCAGAAAAUACUAUGCCGUUACUGGGGUGGCUGCUCGGAAAGACGGUGAUCCUUCAGUGUGGAUGAAUGGUUUUGUCAAAGACCAAACCAUGAACUUUAUCAGGGAGAUGAACAUAGAGCACCAUGACGAUCCUGUUCCAGAAGAUCUUGAUAUUUUUACGGAAAUCUCUAACCACUGGGGUAGGCUCAGCGCUGAUAUUCCUGAUGACGAUGACAAGAGUCUCCGCAUUAACUUUGCAAUCCAGAGGUCUCGGGCCAGUGACCAGAAUGAUCAUUAA